AUGUCCCAGUCGCUAGAGUACACGCCCGACCGGGGCGCCGAGCUGCGCGAGAACGUCGAGGGCGUGCUGGCUGAGAUCAAGGCGGCGUCGGCGGCAGGCCACGAGGCCCGCCUCGUCGCCAUCUCCAAGAUCAAGCCCGCGUCCGACAUCCAGGCGCUGUACGACGCCGGACACCGCCACUUCGGCGAGAACUAUAUCCAGGAGAUGGCCGACAAGGCGGCUAUCCUCCCCGCCGACAUCUGCUGGCACUUUGUCGGCUCGCUCCAGAGCAACAAGGCCAAGCUGCUCGCGUCGAUCCCGAACGUGUUCGUCCUCGAGACCCUGGCGAGCGUCAAGCUCGCCGACCUUCUGCAGAAGGCGCUGGCUGGGAGCGGACGCGUGCUGGAUGUCUACCUCCAGGUCAACACGUCGGGCGAGGACGCCAAGAGCGGCAUCGAGCCGCUCACUGCGUCGAGUGACGACACUGCGCCGCUUGUCGCCUUGGCCGAGCAUGUGCGCGCCGCUUGUCCUGCCCUGAGGGUCCGCGGCCUCAUGACUAUUGGCAGCUGGGAGGCGUCGCAUGCCGAGGGUACGCCGAACCCCGACUUCGCGGCGCUCAAGGAGACGCGCGCGAACCUCGCGCGCAUCCUCGCCUCCAAGGGCGUGUACGCGUCCGCUGAGGAGGGGGUUAAGAGCCUCGAGAUCUCCAUGGGCAUGAGCGCCGACUUUGUUGAGGCUGUCAAGGACGGCUCCAACUCGGUCCGCGUGGGCACGCGCAUCUUUGGUGCGCGUCCGAGGAAGCAGUAG